GAACGUUCGCGGGAGAACGCCAGGAAGGGCAGAUGGUUCCUCGACUCUGAGCCCCUCCCUGCUGCGCUCGCCGGGUCGAGGGCGCUCGCCGGGUCGAGGCCGCUCGCCGGGCUGAAGCCGCUCCGAGCGUCGGGCCCCGCGCCCUGGCCCUCCUGGGUGUAGUCCCGGUCCUGCCUCUGCGGGGCCCGAGCCCGCCCACGGCGCCGUCUGGCCAAGGUGUCCCAGCUGCUCCUUGGCGCCCCCUGGCCCAGCUCCCGCGCCCGAGGUUUCCGGUGAGCGGCAGUAGCCGGUUAUGACGACUCCCUCCUCUGGAACAGCCGCCGUCUCCUCCGCCUCCUCCUCGGUAGUUCACGGCUGCCCCGGCUCCAGGCCUGUGGAAAUCGAAUCAAGGGUUUCUGGAGUGGAGUGAUUCCAGCUGCUUUGAGCUGAAGGAAAAGUAGCCUGGCCAGUAAAGCGUCCGUGUGCUGGAGGAGUGCAGCCACCCAUCCCGGCGGGCCUUGCAGGACGACCGACACCAGGAAGGCUUUGUGCCAGGCCCAGCAGCCACCCCCAGCCGCCUUAUGCAAGUUUUAGAGACCUGAAACAUCACAGAAGCUUCUGAGUGGUUCUGAAGAUUCAAGAGGUUUGCAGGUUGCUAUGUUAAUGUUGUUUGUCUUUGGAGUCUUACUUCAUGAAGUCUCACUGAGUGGUCAGAAUGAAGCUCCUCCUAAUACUCACAGCAUUCCAGGCGAACCUCUGUAUAACUAUGCCAGCAUCCGCUUGCCAGAGGAGCACAUUCCCUUCUUUUUGCACAACAAUAGGCAUAUUGCCACUGUCUGUAGGAAAGACUCUCUUUGUCCAUAUAAGAAACACCUAGAGAAGCUAAAGUACUGCUGGGGUUAUGAGAAAUCCUGCAAACCAGAGUUCAGGUUUGGUUACCCAGUUUGCAGCUAUGUCGACAUGGGAUGGACGGACACUCUUGAGUCAGCUGAGGACAUAUUUUGGAAACAAGCUGACUUUGGAUAUGCCAGAGAGAGGCUGGAGGAGAUGCAUGUGCUCUGUCAGCCUAAGGAAACGAGUGACUCAAGUCUGGUGUGUUCCCGUUAUCUUCAGUACUGCAGAGCAACCAAUCUCUACCUUGAUUUAAGAAACAUCAAGAGAAAUCAUGACAGAUUUAUGGAGGACUUUUUCCAGAGUGGUGAAAUUGGAGGGCACUGUAAACUUGACAUCCGUACAUUGAUGUCUGAAGGUCAGCGCAAAAGCCCUCUGCAGUCAUGGUUUGCUGAGCUACAAAGCUAUACUCAGCUCAACUUCAGACCUAUAGAAGAUGCUAAAUGUGACAUUGUCAUUGAAAAACCAACAUAUUUCAUGAAAUUAGAUGCAGGUGUUAACAUGUAUCACCACUUCUGUGAUUUCAUCAAUCUUUAUAUUACUCAGCACGUUAAUAACUCAUUCAGUACUGACGUGUACAUCGUGAUGUGGGACACCAGUUCUUACGGAUAUGGUGACCUAUUCUCCGACACAUGGAAUGCAUUUACUGAUUAUGACGUUAUACAUUUGAAAACUUAUGAUUCCAAAAGGGUAUGUUUUAAAGAAGCUGUUUUUUCAUUACUCCCCCGCAUGAGGUAUGGGCUGUUCUAUAAUACUCCUCUGAUAUCUGGCUGUCAAAAUACUGGACUAUUCAGGGCAUUUGCCCAGCAUGUACUACACAGACUAAACAUCACACAAGAAGGACCUAAGGAUGGAAAAAUUCGAGUCACCAUUCUUGCACGGAGCACAGAAUACCGGAAAAUCCUAAACCAAAAUGAGCUUGUAAAUGCACUGAAAACAGUAUCUACAUUUGAAGUCCAGAUUGUUGAUUACAAGUAUAGAGAACUUGGGUUUUUAGAUCAACUAAGGAUCACACACAACACGGACAUAUUUAUUGGAAUGCAUGGAGCUGGUCUGACCCAUUUACUUUUCCUUCCAGACUGGGCUGCUGUAUUUGAACUGUACAACUGUGAAGAUGAACGCUGUUACUUAGACUUGGCCAGGCUGAGAGGCGUUCACUACAUCACUUGGCGACGGCAGAACAAAGUCUUUCCUCAGGAUAAGGGCCACCAUCCAACCCUGGGGGAGCACCCGAAGUUCACCAACUACUCUUUCGAUGUAGAAGAAUUUAUGUAUCUUGUCCUUCAGGCUGCAGACCACGUAUUGCAACACCCAAAGUGGCCAUUUAAGAAGAAACAUGAUGAGCUAUAAAUAUGCUGAGUCUGUUUGCAAAAAGAGAGUGUUUAAACACUCCAACACCCAGACUUAGAAUUAAAUCAGUAAAGCAAUCUGUUAUUUCCUAUCCCCGAAUUACCUUUUCUAUGCCAAAACAUACCUUCAGGAUAUUGUUAUGUGUUUUAUAGAUGUUAAGUGUUUCAUGUGGUUUUUGUGUCAUUGCUAUUUAUCAAUAGCAAUAAUUUUGCACUGAAAACUUUUUAUAGUUCAAAAUUUAAGCAUGGACUCCCCAGUAUACUUUAACUUUCUUUCUUUCUUUUUUUUUUUGGAGACAGAGUCUCACUGUCACCCAGGCUGGAGUGCAAUGGCAUGAUCUCAGUUUAUGCAACUUCUGCCUCCCAGGUUCAAGCGAUUCUUUUGCCUCAGACACCUGAGUAGCUGGGAUUACAGCCUGCACCACCACGCCUGGCUAAUUUUUUGUUGUUGUUGUUGAGAUACAGUUUCACUCUGUCACCCAGGCUGGAGUGCAGUGGCAUGAUCUCAGCUCACUGCAACCUCUGCCUUCUGGGUUCAAGUGAUUCUUGUGCCUCAGCCUCCCAAGUAGCUGGGAUUACAGGCGUGCACCACCACACCCAGUUAAUUUUUGUAUUUUUGAUAGAGACGGGGUUUCACCAUGUUGGCCAGGCUGGUCUCGAACUCUGGGUUCAAGAAAUCCUCCCACCUUGGCCUCCCAAAGUGCUGGGAUUACAGGUGUGAGCCACCACGCAUGGCCCUGAACUUUCUCUUUUUAGGAAUACCAAAGUUUUCAGCUUUUUCAGCUUUAGAAUUUGUAAAUAUUUUUGUAGAAUAUCAUAUGACUGUAAUUCCAGAGUGUUCCAACUUGUUUAUGAUAUAUUUGGGUAAAUUUACAACUGUUCUUUUAUUUGCCAUAAUCUGGUUAUAACACUGUUUGUGGUAGGAAAGGAAAACAUGCAAAACAUACACACACACACACGCAGAGUUGUGAUUCUCAGUACCAAGCUAUAGGACCAUGUUAUAGAUCAGCGUUUAGUCACCUCCAGGUUAUAUGCAUCAAGAACCUGAAUAAAUCAUGCCACUAUAUUAGUUUAUAUUACAUGUUUCAUAUUUAAAUCAUGUUUUCCUAAAAUGUAGCAACUACAUGUGAUAAAAGCAAAUUAGAACAUUCUGUAGGACUGUUUUGCAUACCUUCUGUCUGGUUUCCACUGAUUCCUUCUUAGCCAUGGAGAGCAUUUGUGAUUAAUUAAUUUAUAUAUGAAAUAAUGGUUUCCAUUUUAUGCGAGUAUUUGUAACUGCAUAUACCAGUGCGUGUGCAUCUACCUCUGUCAGCAUGAAAGUAUUCCAUUCUUUAAUUUCAAAAACUUCAAAUUAGCCUCAUGAAGAGAAUUUUUCCCUGUGAGAAGUAAGACCAAGAAAAAACAAACUGAAGACAUGUGACUUAUUCAAUGAAAGUGAAAAAGAAGCUCUAAAAAAGUGUCAUUGAUUAAAAAGAAUAUCUGGAAUGUAGCUCCACUCUUUGAGUGGGAUUCAUUUCUUACUGCUUAUGAACUUUCAAUUUAGUAGUCAGAAACCAUGGAUUUAUUUUACUGCACAAUGUGAAGUUUACAUUUUAUUAACACUUGAGUAGUCUGAUUUAGAGACUAGUUACUUCUAUUUUUUAAAAUAAUGGAGUAGCAAAUUACAGAAUAGCUAAAUAAUUUUUAAAAAAUAUUUUACAGUUGUAAAAAAUAUCCACCAGAAAAAUGACACACAAAACAAAAUAUCUGGACCUUUACAGAAGAUGUUUGCUGACCCCCACUUUAAAGGAUUGGAACAGUCUUCUUCAAUUGAGGAAUAUUUAUUAAAAUACCUGUAAAGAAAAUAGUGAAUCACUGUAGCAAUGGCUUUGAUUCAGACCUUAAAAUCACAUAAGAAGAAUUACAACAUGUUACGGAUUUUUAAGUGGCAGGUAUUGUAACUGUUUUUUUUGUGCAAAAUACUGAGUAACCACUGGGAAAAUAUUUCAGAUGAAAGGGAUGACAAAAGCAUGUUGCACUUUGCAUCAGCAAGGCAUUGACUUCUGAAAAAAUGAUCUGAAAAAAAAGUUUCACCGUUUGUCUUCUUACCUCAUUUUAAGAAGCAUGUGAAAAUGGGAUGCUGUAGACUAGUGAGAAUUUCAGAAAUUGAGAACAAUUUCAUAAUAAAACGGCUAUAUUUGAAGAGAGAAUGCAUUUUAUAUAAACAGGAAAAUACAUUUGACACUUUAUGGAAUUUUAUGAGACUUUGUGGGAACAGAAGUUCUUCAAAUUGUAAAAUGUAAAGAUUGCUCUUUUUAUUAAGUCUUUAACAGGGAUGUAUUUCAUUGUAUGUUUUGGGUAUGGCUUUGGAAUAAAUCAUUUUAUAUUUUCUUUGAAUAUCAGAACCAUUUUUAAGGUUUUCUGUGUCUGAAUGUUUCUGUGCUUCCUUUUUGGCAAUCUGGUAGCUCUUAGAUUAUAAAAAUUAAGUACCUCUCUGAUGAAGAAUUCAGUUUGAUCAAAAAUACCUUUUAUUUAGCAGUUUAUUACAUGAUGCUUCUGUAAAUGUUAUAUUGUAUAAUCGUUACCAAAAUGACAUAAGAAUUAUGGUUCCUGUUUUUCAUGUGAAGAAUGCUUCCCUGAAGAUCACAAGCCUUCUGAUUCCACGUUCACAGUCUUCCAUUUGUUUAGGGAAGUCUUCCAUUCCACUUUAGGGACGUUAUGGGACUUCGCUGAAGAUCACAAGCCUUCUUCUGAUUCCACGUUCACAGUCUUCCAUUCGUUUAUUUACUUGUUCAUUCAAUAAAUAUUGAUCGGGCUGCAA